GAAACCCACUCCGUUGAGGACACUCUGGCGACAUCACGACACGAGGGCGAACGAACACCAAUCAAACAAACGAGUUUGCUCUCAAACAAGUCCGUGAACACCAGUAAGACCAUUACUACCCGCGAACAAACCCAUGAUCCUAUUGGGCUGAUAAGUUGACUUUCUUUUGCGGGCUUAAAUCUCGGGCCUUUCACUUAGUGACCGGAGGAUUUGGAUUUGAGAAUCGGAACUGAGUGGACAUCGAAGGUCAAACGACUGUGGAGUAUUCAUUCCUCAACCUGGAGAUUUCUUUGACAGUUCAAUGGAAUUGCUGGAAAGAAAAUCUCUCACUUUGUUGUUCAUUUCAGCGGAUGAAGGUGACAUGUCACUCUCCAAGCAUCUCCAUUGGUAACCGCCGCAAAGUGAUGGUCAGGUGUAGUUUUCUUUCGUUUGCAAUGAAGAUACUGUAGCUUGGACUCUGUCUGGAGAUUUGGGACAUGUAUGGAAAAGGAGGGAUGAGUCUCAUGAAUCUCGGACUAUGAAAAGUGGAUACGUCUCUGCCUAAUCUGUGAUUUUGAUUGGUUAGGAUGAGUCACAUGUUCCAUCAGGUGCUCAGCAUCAUCGCCAAGCCGCCAUCACAACGAGGCGUGCCGGAAAUAGAAUUCGUGUUACCAUGGAUCCGGAAGUAUGGAGAUCUUCUGCAGGAUAUGGGGAAAAAUGUGCUGAUAGAUAUCUUGCAGAACUGUGACUUCAAGCAGGUCGACCGUGAUGACGUCAUUAUCCGCCAGGGCGAGAUUGGAGAUUGUUUCUACCUCAUUCUCAACGGAUCUGCCGUCGUCUACAUCGACCCUAAUCUCUCUGGCGAAGAAGACAGAGCAGUCAUUAAAACAGAGCAAGAAACUGAAGCAGACGACAGGGUAAAGGGAAAAGAGGAUCGGAAAGAUGAAGAAGACGGAACAGAGGGAGAAACCGAUGAGUCCCGGUGGGAAAGUGAUGAGGGAGAGGCUGCUGAGGUUCCGAAAGUUGAGAAGAAGAAGAAAAUAGACCGGUCUUCGUUUGGGAAGUUCAUCGUGAAAUACGAGAGCGGGAAAAGUUUUGGCGAGAUUGCACUCAUUAGUCAAGACAGCGUCAGGAACGCCACCGUGCUCGCAGACGAGACCUCUGACCUUCUCAUCAUACACAGAGACCUCUAUAAUCGAUCACUCAAGGCCUUUCAAGAAGAGGAAUACGCCGACAGACGCGAUUUCGUGGAGAAUCAUUCAUUGUUCGGAAAAUGGUCUCCCCGCUUCCGUCACCUCUUAGAGAUGAGUAUGAGAAGAGAGGUAUUCACCUUCGACGCGACCAUCGUCAAGCAGGGGGAGGAGUUCUCUGGUUUAUACUUCAUUAGAAGAGGUCACGCCAAGGUCAUGGUCACACCCAACAAGCACAAGCAUCAGUACAAGGAGUUGGCGCCAUUCGUAGCUGAGAACGAUGUCUUCGAAGUCGAACUACUGAGACCAAAACGUAAGAAUUCCCGCCUCCAGGAUGACCUGAGCAAGAAGAACGGCGUCAUCAAGGAGAGCGUGAUGGCGCGCAGGCGGGGUGGGUACGCUGCUGCGGAGAAACAAAUGAGUAACAGAUCCAUAAUGUUGUGUAGCGUCGAAGAUGGUGACUGCAUAGGAGAUGUGGAACUGUUGAUGGAUUUAUCAACAUACAUGCAGUCCGUCGUCUGCACGUCACAAUGUGAAGUUUACAUCUUGGAUGUGAAGAACUUAGAACGUUUGGUCGCGAAGAAAAAUCCUCAUACUUUAGAACUGAUGAAAUUUGGUGUGAUAACAAAAUUAAGGAGCAGAUCACGAACUGUGCAAGGUGCGCAAGUGCCGUUUCUUAAACAUUUGUUAUUCAGAAUGACUGAAUACAGAGAACCGCAACCCAGGAAGUUACUCGAGUUCAAAUCGGGUAAAGAACUCCCGGAUAAAGAGACGCUGGACCAAGUGUUGCUGGAAGCGUUCAUUCAUAAAAAGGCGUCCCUGUUGCGACCUUAUGUUCCGGAUGCGUUGUAUUAUAAACAAUUAAUGGACGAUAAAGUUAAGAAGUCUCAGAGUGUUGCUCUUUCGAUGAGUUUACUGGAUCGUAUGGCUCUCAGGGCGGGGAAAUAUCCUCGAAGGCGGCAUGCCCGCAGUAUAGUGACAUUGAAAGACCUUCAGCGACAGACGGAGGCGCGUCAUCGACGGGUGAACGAAGACACGCAGGCGCAGCGCGCACUGGAGGAACUGGUCGCAGCUCCCACACCUGCACCGCAAUCGCCGGAGAAAUGGCGGACUCAGAGUGAAAUCGAUCUCAGAGAUUUGUCUCCGAACUCGAACACGGAUGAUACUCAUAUACCCGAUCCCAUGCUACGUCCCGGGAGGAAGCAACUCUCCAUGUCUGUCCCUGAUCUACGCGUCACAAGCGCAAAUGAAAUUGUCCGCGAGGUUGACGUGGUGAGCGAGCAUGGAGUGGAGGGGCUGCGACCAGUUCGGGAGGUGACCGAACCGUCUCUGUCGAGAGAAAAUUCUAAGGUGGGGUCAGAGAAGAAUGCGGACAAUACUCCUGGAAAAGACACGGGAAAUGGGUCGGCUAAGGAUGACGAAAACAAAUCAUCUCAGUUAUCAACUCAGGAUAUGGCUUCGCCUCCAAUUAGCAGAAGAGUUAGUGGUGAUGCGACAACAUUAGCAGGAUUUGUCGAAUCAUCCAAAAGUGGGGGCGAAACCGUUAGGCGAAACAGCAUCGCGAGCGCUCCGGAUUUUAAAGCAGACGAUAGCGAAAAAAUGUCGCGAGAGACUCCUGCUGGUGAAAAGGAGAAUAAUUCUAUUUUAGUGACUGAAUUGAUCACGAAACCACAGGACGAGUUGGACGGGAGAACGUCAGUUAAUUCUGGAUUUGAUAUUGCGAGCCAGCGCUCCCACAGCGCACAUCGGCCCACCUUCGCCAAAAUGAAAUUUGUGAAUGGUUAUGUGCAGCACCGCAUGAGGGAGCUAGAGAGAAACCCGGAGUAUCACGAUUGGGAAACGAGUGAGCAUAAACUCCGCGGGCUCGAGGAGCGGGUCCAGGCCUUUACGCAGCGGUAUACCAAGAAGGACGCAGGCGAGGUCAAGCCAAAGAAGUCGGUGCUGCCACCUCUGAAGAGGUAUAAAGUAAAGGAGGAUCUUCGUCUCCCCAAACCCGGCGGCAGAGUGGUUAUAAAGCGUAAACAAUGUCACUUUGCCAACUGCAAAUAUACCGUGAAGGACCAUAAUCACACCAAGUACCACAUGGUACGCAACCUCCCAGAGAUGGACAAGAUCAAAAAGACUCAAGUUGUCGUCAAUUAUUUCAUGUUGAGGGCCGUGGAGAAGAAAACAAGAAGAAAAUCCGAGGAAGUCUUACUCUGACAUUAUCGUGUUUAAAUGUUUACUUCAUAUCAAUGAAGCCAGCUUGUCAUCCGUUGCGCCAUCCUCAUUUUCCGACGUUUUAUACUUUUUACAGACAUCAAGUAACGUGUAUGUCCAUCUU